AUGAAACAAAAGCAUAAAACGUUUGGGGGUCACGUGAUCCAUGCCCACUCCUGUGUCCGGACAUCUAACGGUGAACAAUCAAAUAAAGAAUCAAAAAUUACAGAGACCUCAAUCAACGUAAACUUUCAGAACACGGAGCUGAAUAUGGUGAUGGAUAGGCUGAAUAUAGUGUGUGCAGAAGAUGGAAAAGACGGCGGUGUGGACGAGUUUUCAGUGCUCUUUGAUAAAGAGCCCGGUUUGCAAGAAGUUAGAAAACUUUCGAUGUUUUCGAUACUCGGUAUAGAGUAUGCAGAAGAUGGAGGGGACGAGAGUUUUAGCAUAGACGAGUUUGCAGCAUUGUUUAAUGAAGAGCCAAGUUUGCAAGAGAUUAAGGAAUCUUUUGAUGUUUUCGAUGAUAAAAAAGAUGGUUUUAUUGAUGCUAAUGAACUGCAAAGAGUUCUGUGCAGCCUUGGCCUAAAGGAAGGAUGUGAAUUGGAACAAUGCAGAAGAAUGAUCACAGCUUUUGAUGGUAAUGGUGAUGGAGUAAUUGAUUUUUAUGACUUAGAAAUACAGUAUAUUAGUGCUGUACUUCAUCUGGAACCAGCUGUUGUCACUAGUCUACGAAGAUCCAGCAGCUCCAUGAUCCACUGA